UGCAUAUAGAACAAGAGUUUGGACACAGAGUUGUGUCCGUGCUCUGAUAGGAAGAGCCUGAUCUUGGUAAUGUUGUAUAAGGCAGAUUUGCAGGACCGGACUGUUCUAUCAAUGUGCUCUGUGAAGUUUAACUGAUUAAUAAUCACAACUCCAAGGUUCCUGGCUUUCCUGGAAGGAGUUAUGGCAGACAAACCCAGUUGAAUGGAGAGGUUGUGAUGAAGCGUUGGGUUGGCAGAGACCACAAGCAGUUCUGUCUUUGAGAGGUUUAGUUGAAGGUGAUGGUCCUUCAUCCAGCCAGAAAUGUCUGUCAGGGAGGCUGAUGUGAGCAGCUACCAUUGGAUCAUCUGGUUGGAAUGAGAAUUAGAGUUGAGUGUCAUCAGUAUAGCAGUGAUAAGAAAAGCCAUGUUUCUGAAUGACAGAUCCCAGUGUUGACUUUUAGAUGAGGAAGAGAAGCGGUCCCAGCACUGAGCCCUGAGGCACCCCAGUAGAGAGAUGAUGUGACUUAGAAAUCUCACCCCUCCAAGACACCCUGAAGGACCUACUGAGAGGUAAGACUUGAACCACUGAAGGAGGUUCAGGAGGACUACGAAGCAGGGAAAGAUAUUUAUUAAGUUACACAUGUAUAUAUAUAGACAAUAGAAUGAACAACUGUAUACUGUAAAAUAUUAAUUUUCCCGAAUUGAGUACUAGUAUAGAAUUUACUUUUUUUUCAAAUUCUUGCCUGAACUAAUGUAGAAAUUAUGAUCAAAAUGAUGAAGCUGCAUAAGCUUUGCUGAAGAAAGGAAGUGGAAGCUCUUUGUGGUUUAGUGUCUCUGCAGUGCAUUGAAACCUGCAGUUUGAUCAAAGCUGUUACGAAUGAAAGACAAUGGAGAAGAUCUUGUUCUUUUGCAUUUUUUUGUACAGGAUUCUUCAGAUCACGUCUAGUGAUGUUUCAGAACAUAAUGUGACUCUGUUAAGAUUCCAGCUGAACGGAACAAUCAGUCUGAAGUGCAACGUGACCGAGAAUCAUGAAAUAACCUGGUAUCACCAGAAUCCUGAUUCUGGACAAAUAACGCUACUGAUGUCUCCCAAGGACUACAGAAAUCAGCAUAUGGGGAGCAACACAGUCUCUCUAGUUAUUAAUAAACUAAAUGAGUCAAAUUCGGGUCUUUAUUUCUGUGGAAGAACAUAUUCAGGACAUUCAGGAUAUUCAGCGAUGUACUUUGACAAACCCAUCAGACUACAGCUCGAGGACAAGCUGACAGACAGAGAGGACAAAGUUCAUAAUGUCACAGAACCGCCAGAAGAUGUUGAGAUCACAGAUGAGGUGAUGAUGACGGAGCGUGAGCUGAUAUUCAGUGGUGUUGGACUGGCUGUGUUUGUGUUUUUUCUGGCUUCAGUCGUCACAGGAGGAAUCAUUUACUGUCACGGCUGGCAGAAAGGAUGGGCCGCAGCCAAACGUGCUGGUCUGACUGAUCAAAAAUCAGCUAAAUGACACAUUUGUGUGCUUUAUUUUAUGCUUUAUCCCAAUAAUCAGCAUUUUUGUAUGUACAAACAUCUAAACAUUCUUAAAUCAUGGUACAUUUACUGGAGAAAAUUACUUCAUUUAUUAAAGGGUUAGUUCACCCAAAAAUGAAAAUUCUGUCAUUAAUUACUCACUCUCAUGUCGUUCCACACCUGUAAGACCUUCGUUCAUCUUCAGAACACAAAUUAAGAUAUUUUUGAUGAAAUCCGAGAGUUAUCUGAACCACACAUAGGCAGCAAUGUCACUGCACUUUUUAAGGUCCAGAAAUGUACUAAAUUCAUCAUUAAAACAGUCAUGUGACUGCAGCGCUUCAACCUUAAUGUUAUGAAGAGACGAGAAUACUUUUUAUGCACAAAAACAAAACAAAAAUAGUGACUUUAUUCAACAGUUUCAUCUCUUCCCUGUCAUUCUCCUACACUGUUUACGUCGUAUAGACUCAGUGCAGAGCUUCCAGGUUCUACGUCAGAACGCUGACUCAGUAUAGAGGACGUCACUUUCCCGCCGGAACACGACCCCUCAGCCGGAAUGAGUGGCAAAAGAGCUGCUGCAUGACAAGAUUUAAUAGGGAAAACUGUGAAAAUGCAAGUAAAACAAACAAUUAUCAGUUUAAACUAAAGGUUGGACUCGAUAUACUGUUCCUUACAACUUACCAAAGAUCCAGUGAUCCAUGGAUAUUGACCUGCAGCCAGGAAUCGUGUUUCCUGACAUUUAUGUGUGCCUGAUUUCGAUGCCGGGAAAAUACAUAAAGCAAAUCUGCCUGUGAACGCUUUUUAUAAAUACAAUAUAGGUAGGUAUAAAUCCGGUUGAUCACUUAAAUCAAUGUUAUAUAUGCCAUUCUACAGAACUGGCUCAAAGUCAGAGUUGGAAACGUCUUGAAAAAUAUGUAUUUUUCCACAAAUUUUGCAAAUUGUAUAAAAUCAAAGGUACACUUUUCUAGUAAUUGUGCAGUUAAUUCUCAUAUUUAACUUUUCAUAUAUAAACUUUUGGAAUAUUUUUCCUCUCCCCAAAUUUGUCACUACCGAAACACAAUAAUAAAUAUUUUAAUAAGAAGAGUCACAUUGACCUAUUAAGAUUUUGUUUACAUCCACCUUGAAAAUAUAUUUUUUGCUAUUUUUUUUUUUUUUAAGUUUUCACAGGUAAAUUAAUAACAUUUAACAAUUUUAACAAUAUUUCAAGUGUAAUUUAUGAGAUUUGUUGUAUUUUGAAUCCAAUCUUUCUUUGUAAAAGUCAUAAAGUUUAUCAAACUGAUUUCAAAGUGAAGGAUUCAUUAGUUUGAAAAAACAUUGAACCAAACACUAUCAUAACAUCUUAGUUGAUCAUUCAAUAUACUUUAUUUUUGACAGAACAUCCCAUGUUUCAGUCGUGACUGCACAUUUUCGGUAGUGACAGUAAUGUGUUGGUAGUGACCACAUCACAUUACACAAUUUUAACUCACAAAACAUUUUAAAAUACUAAUGACUGCAAAACUGUAGUAAAAUUUCCCCCAAAUAAAUGAUUAUGUGUUCCAAUGAUGUUUCGGUAGUGACAAUUUUCAAUACUUUUGAGCCGCUCAAAGAUGCUAAUCAGCACAUGGAUAGUUAGCACACUUAUGAACAGUAGUACACACAUAAAAACUAAAUAUUAUGGAAUAACACCCAACAAAGUUUGCUUAAUUGCAGAAAAAGGUGUUUCUUAGUGACGUUCCUUAAAGUUCCACACAGAUUUUCAGACUUCUGAACACAUUUAACUCAGAAUGAUGGACCUAUCUACUGUGAAAGAGAGGCUAUGAGAGGGAGGAACACAGGAAUAUUUCCUGAUCAGAAAUGUAGAAGUGUGUUAAAAUCAGUCUCAGACAAUGGACUCAAACACACACUGUUUCAGUAGUGAUAUGAAAAUGCGGGACGCAUUUUUUUUUUUUAUAUAAAGUUUCAUGAUUUAAAAAUAAAAUAUAAAAUAAAUAUAUAUUUUUUAACCUCACUUUAAAAAAAAAAAUCUAUAUAUUUUUAAAAACAACAAUGGAAAAGAAUUGCAAAAAUUAUUUCAGUAUCAUUUUCACAAGUUGAAAUUUAUGGGUUCGGGACAGCCACCUCCCAACUGAAAGUACUCAAUAAAUGAAGAUUUUAUUUAUAUUAAGCUUAAUGAUAUUUUAAAUAUUAUUGUGGGAUUCAAUAGAUAAUAAAUGAUCUUAGUAAACAUCUAAAAUGUAUUGUUGUGGGACAGCAGUUUACACCAACUCUGUAGAAUGGCCCACAUCAUAUUGUCCAGCCCUAAAACUAUACUCUCUAAAAAAUAAUUCAGUGGCCUAUAUCACAGUAAUAAUCAACUUUAAUAACUUAAUAAAAUUGCUUGAUAUCAUUUACUUGAUAGUUUGGGUUGAACAUACCAAAAUAAUUAACUAAAAAUUCAACAGUUAAUGUCUGAAAAUUACAUUUUUUUUCACUAAAAGAAUUUAGUAUUUGACUAAUAAAUUCCUUUUUAAAAAAAUAUACUUAAUAUAUUUGUAAAAUUUCUAUCAAAAUAUUUGAGAAUGGAGAAUUAAACUGAUCUGUUUCAAGAACCACAAAUAUUACUUAAUUCAAAUCAAUAUUAUUAACAAUCUUUAACACACAACGCAGCCCAGAGCAGUUCUCUCUUCUCAGCAUUACAGAAUUGGUGCAUCUCCGCUGUGAAAUUCAGGAUUGUGUAUGAUUUAUUUUAUCUAUAAAUCAUUAUCGUGCUUUAAAUCAUUUUAUUUAAUGCAAAACAACAUAUAGGGACGCAAUGUGAGUCACCUAAAUGAGUGUCGUGUCUGUCUUUUUGCAUGAUUGAAACGCCUGAUGCCUGUUGCAUAAAAGGUUUAUUUUUAAAGAUAAUGAAUAGAAUUAAUUUAAAUGAUAAAAUGUUCUCCAAACUGUGCACUGUGUGUUUAUUGGCAGGUUAUGCAGAAAUGUUCAGUUAUGAAUGAAACGCUCCGGCGGUCUGAAGUUAGAAUCCAUCUCAGGCACGAGAACCAGCGCUGAUACGGUGGAAACAGACCGGUUGAUUACACUUGAAUUACUUUUAAAUGUAUAAUUUUUACUACUCAAAUGUUUGUUACAUGAGUUUAAAUGUAGGCAAUAUUGUAUACAUGUUAAAAGAGUAUAAAAUAUGCCUUACUCAUUGACAAUAAAGGUCAGUGUCAUGUA